CUUAACCCACACCUAUAUAUGUACUAACGCGCGAGCCACCAGCCAAUAAACGCAGAGUUUUAGUGAGAAGACUCAUAAUGGCGAACCCGCCAAAGCCCUGGAAGGUGGAGUAUGCAAAAUCAGCGCGGUCCUCUUGCAGAACUUGCAAGAGCAACAUUGAGAAGGAGGCUUUUAGGCUUGGCAAAAUGGUCCAGUCCUCCCAUUUCGACGGCUUCAUGCCUAUGUGGAACCAUGCCAAUUGUGUAUUGAAGAAAGCAAAUCAGAUAAAAUCCCUAGACGAUGUUGAAGGGUUAGAAUCACUUCGAUGGGAAGACCAGCAAAAAAUUAGAAAAUAUGUGGAGGGUGGUGGACCUUCAAAUAAGACUGCUGUCACUACUAUCGAAUAUGGUAUUGAAGUUUCACAAACCUCUCGUGCUACUUGCAAGGACUGCAACCAAAAAAUUAUGAAAGGAGAGGUUCGUGUAUCUUCCAAGCCCAAUGGUCAAGGGGCUAGAGGUCUAGCAUGGCAUCAUGCCAAUUGUUUAUUGAAAGUGUCUCCAUCUGUCCAAUUGGAAAAACUGUCUGGAUGGGAAAGCCUAUCAGUUUCUGAUCAGGCAGCUGUUUGUGCCCUGGUUAAGAAGGUUCCAUCUACUGCUAAGAGUGGCACAAAAGCUGAGGAACAACAGGAUAAAGAUAUGCCCCAACAAUCAACAUCAAAAGCUGGUACAAAACGUAAAAAUAUUGGUAUUGAUCAGAGGUCAAAGGUUGCUAAGGCUGAAGGAGAUGUGUCAACAGGCAAGGCUGCAUCCAUGAAGAAUUCUAACAACAGGCUGGAUGAACACACGUCUGAUUUGACAAGUAAGCUGGAAGUCCAGAGUAAAGAACUGUGGGCUCUAAAAGAUGAUCUUAAGAAACAUGUGACUACAAAGGAGCUAAAGGACAUGCUUGACAUCAAUGAUCAAGAAUCCACAGGAUCUGAACUUGAUUUGCGUGACCGUUGUGCUGAUGGGAUGAUGUUUGGAGCACUUGGUCACUGCCCACUUUGUUCAAGUUCUCUUCGUUAUUCUGGAGGCAUGUAUCGGUGCAAUGGCUACCAGUCUGCAUGGAGCAAGUGUUCUUACUCUACUUGUGAACCAGAACGUUUUAAAGGGAAGUGGAAAGUACCAGAAGGGACAGAUAAUGAAUAUCUUAGCAAGUGGUUUAAAACACAAAAGAGUAAAAAACCUGUCCGAGUCCUGCCUCCUCCGACAUCAAACAAUCCUUCUGCAAGCCAAGCUACUAAUGCCACAUCUCAGCCUUUUAAGGGUGAAACUUUGGGGGAUCUUAAAGUUUCUAUUUCUAGAUUACCUAAGGAAUCCACGGAAGAAUGGAAGAGAAAAAUUGAGGAAGCUGGUGGACAGGUUCAUGCAAAGAUUAAGAAAGAUACUAAUUGCUUAAUUGUGGGUGGAGAGCUGGAGGAUCAAGAUGCUGAGAUGAGGAAGGCAAGGAGGAUGAAAAUACCAAUUGUUAGGGAGGAUUACUUGGUUGAAUGUUUUAAAAAACAAAAGAAGCUUUCGUUUGAUCUUUACAAAGUUGAAGCCAUUGGCGAGAGUUCUAGUAUGGUCACAAUCAAAGUAAAAGGUCGAAGUGCUGUGCAUGAAGCUUCAGGUCUGCAGGAUACGGGUCACAUUCUUGAGGAUGGGAAAAGUGUCUAUAACACAACUUUGAACAUGUCUGAUUUAUCUACUGGUGUUAACAGUUACUAUAUCCUGCAAAUUAUCCAAGAUGAUAGAGGGUCGGACUGUUAUGUGUUUCGUAAAUGGGGCCGAGUGGGAAAUGAGAAGAUUGGUGGGAGCAAACUGGAAGAGUUUUCAAAAUCAGAUGCAAUCUGUGAUUUCAAACGUUUGUUUCUUGAGAAGACUGGGAAUCCAUGGGAAGCGUGGGAACAAAAACAAAACUUCGAGAAGAAACCUGGCAGAUUCUUCCCAUUGGAUAUUGAUUAUGGAGUUAACAAACAGGUGUCAAAGAGGAAACAGACUGAUGCUGACAGCAAACUUGCACCUCCUUUAGUAGAGUUAAUGAAGAUGCUCUUUAAUGUCGAAACAUAUAGAGCUGCUAUGUUGGAGUUUGAGAUUAACAUGUCAGAAAUGCCACUGGGGAAACUGAGCAAAAAUAAUAUCCAAAAGGGUUUUGAGGCAUUAACGGAGAUUCAAAAUUUACUAAAUAACAAUGCAUUUGAUCCUUCUGUCAAAGAAAGCCUGAUAGUUGAUGCCAGCAAUAGAUUCUUUACUGUGAUCCCUUCUAUUCAUCCACAUGUUAUACGGCAUGAAGAUGAUUUUAAGUCAAAGGUGAAAAUGCUGGAAGCUCUCCAGGACAUUGAAAUAGCUUCAAGAUUAGUAGGUUUUGAUGUUGAUAGUGAUGACUCCCUUGAUGAGAAAUAUCAGAAGCUUUGUUGUGAUAUUGCUCCUCUUCCUCAUGAUGGUGAAGAUUAUCAGUUGAUUGAGAAGUAUCUUCUUACAACUCAUGCUCCUACACAUACGGAUUGGUCUCUUGAACUUGAAGACGUUUUUUCACUUGAAAGGGAAGGAGAAUUUGAUAAGUUUUCUCCUUAUCGACAAAAGCUUAACAAUAGAAUGCUCCUCUGGCAUGGUUCUCGGUUGACUAAUUUUGUGGGAAUACUUAGCCAAGGACUGAGAAUAGCGCCUCCUGAAGCACCAGCAACUGGCUAUAUGUUUGGCAAGGGGAUAUACUUUGCUGACCUGGUCAGUAAAAGUGCUCAGUAUUGCUACACUGAUAAGAAAAAUCCUGUGGGCCUAAUGCCUAGUGAAGUAGCUUUGGGAGAGGUCCACACACUCAAGAAGGCAGAAUAUAUGGAUAAACCUCCUGAAGGAAAGCACUGUACCAAAGGACUAGGGAAGAAAGUACCGCAGGAAUCGGAAUAUGUGAAGUGGAGAGAUGAUGUAACUGUUCCUUGUGGCAAACCAGUUCCAUCCAGAAUCAAGGCCUCUGAGCUUAUGUACAAUGAGUAUAUUGUUUAUAAUACAGCUCAAGUUAAGAUGCAGUUCUUAUUGAAGGUGAGGUUCCAUCACAAGAGAUGAGAACAGUAAAUGAUGUUUAACUACAUUAUGGGAAAGGGUUAUGACUUAUGACAGUAAGUUUU